GAAGAGAUGGAUUUGCUGUCACAUUCACACUCUGUUCUUCAGCAGUUAAACAUGUUUGCUGUAUUCAAAAACUAGCAAAGCUUGCAGGCUGCAGUGGAGUCAGCUGUGAAUGCUAUCGUGUCUUACAGCUGACUGCAAGAUUGGUGUUUCCUGUCCUUAAACAGGCAGUGCAACAUGCCAAAAGCAUCGACUGAGACAAACUGAGCCCUGACCAAAGCAGGUUCUGACAGUGGCGGUCACCAUGGAGGAGAGGGAGCGGCAGUCUAAUGGAGAGGAAAGAGGUGAUGUUGAAUCCCCCACAGGACAGUCAGUCACGGAUGCCAAAACUGGUGUCUUUCUGUCAGGUCAGUGUGUGGCGUCUGUGUCCACAUCCACUUGGUUCACUCCCACCUUUGACUUCUCACACUGCAGGACUCUUCUGGAAACCAAAGGCUUCCAGAUUCCAGCAGAAGACUUUGAGAGUCCACUUCAUUUAGCGCUGGACCACCCGUCCAUCAGAAGAUACCUGCUUUUCAACUCAAGCAUUUUUAAUGUCAUCAUGGCCCCACUGUUGUAUCUGGUGCUGUGGUGCACUGUGUACUCGACCAUUCACAUGCACCUCCAUGGCAGCUCAACGGACUUCUGGGUGCUCUGCCUGUGUGUCAGUCUGGUGUCCGUGAUCCUCACUGCUGCCAUCAACCUCAUCUUCCACUACAGCAACAAAGAGAUCAACAUGAACACAGACGUGCGGUUGGUGGGGGUUAAUGAGCACAUGGUCAGGCACAAGCUGCUGUUGGGAGUGGCUGACUGGGUCCAGAAAUGCAGAGGAAAUCUGCAGCUCUUCUGUGUGUACUGGGACUUGUCCCCAUGUCUGACAUCUCUGACUGAAGCGCUGGACGACAUGAGUUUUGUCAGGGAUCAAGUACAGAACAAACUCAAGAAAAGAAUGUCCCACCUAGUUCUAGUGACCGAGGUCACGACCCUGGAUCCCGAGGCUGGAGUACAGGACGAGGAGCUUCCAGAAGAAGAGCAGCCGCUGCUGGUGGGGGGACGAGAGCGAAGCGCAUCAACUAGUCAACGGGAAGACUCUAAACUCACCAAAAACUUCAGCUUGAUGCCUGACACCACUCUCUCAAAUCAGGCGAUUGCUCAGCAGCUCCUGAUGACCUACAGUGCACUUUAUGUCAGACUACUGGUAUCAAACAAGCUUCCUGCUCCUCCCCAGCGGCCUUCAGCUGCAGAGAAAAAUCAUUCCGCUUCCUCUCUGUGUCUGUGUGAGUACGUGGAGCUAAAGGUUCUGCGGUAGACAGAACAUGACUAUCAAAUCUCACAUUCAAAAGUUUUGCUGUCAAUUAUGAUAUAGUCACAGACUGUUCUUGCUGCUCUUGAAUCUGUUAUGAUUUUGUCUGUAUACUGAAAUAUAUAUAUAUAUAUUGUUGAGUUAUUGUGGUUUUCUAUUUGCACCAUAUGCUCACAAUGUGUGAAACAAUGAAGUGCCAGCUGAUUCUUUCCUCUUCCAUGUUAAGUUCUUGUAUUAACCAGACAAACUGACAAUAGAUGAGUCGCACUCGUCCAAAAUCUUGCUCGACAUAGUUGUAUUUUUUUAUUCAUGACAUGAUCUUUGAGAUUCUGAUUAACACGUCUUAAUCAGGGAAUCAAGUAAGCGCCUCAACAUGGAUUUUUGCAAAUUUCCAGAUGAUACAGGAUAUGCAACCACGCAAAAAAUUUGGACUUGAGUUUAGCGGUAGUUCUUUACAACAGUUUGUAGUUAUUAAGUUAUUAAACAUACGUUCGGGAGGAGUACGCCCAUCUAAUCUUCUAAUUAUUAGCAGGACAUAAAAGCGGCCUCUACUUCUUCCCAGCAUUGGUUCCCAUCCCUCCUCCUCCCCUUCUCCUCCUUAUUUGUAUUUUACCUGUGUAAUCAUCAGUAGGCAAAUCGGAGCUCCAGUAGAACAUCCUCCCUGAGCCCCUCCAUAUGCACAGCAAUCCAAAAACUGCUUACCACGUAUGCCAAGAUUAUAUG